CAAACAAAACAAACAGCUGAACUUCCAUGCCUUCGUCUUCUUCAGUGGCAGACAUUUCUGCACUCAUCACUCAUCCACUCUUUUUCCCUUUAUCACCCAUUUCAAACUUCCCCAUAAAUUCAACCACACCAUCUCACCUUCUUCUUCUUCUUCUUCUUCUUUCUCCCAAUUCUCACCCCCAAACAAACAAAAUGCAUGAAACUCUAAGAAGAUCUCCCAGAUGCGUACUCUCUCCUCCCACAUUGCAUGGCAAUCAAACCCAGAAAAACUCACUCGGUAGAAGUAGUAGUAGUAGAGUUUCUAGAUCUUCAAAGCAACUUCAUCAUUCCUCUGAAUCAGACCUCGUUUUUGCGUCCUUUGACGACGAUGAACUACAUUACACUCCUCAGCCUCUCAAAGUUCACCACCCCAGAAAAUCAAAAUCGGAGACUAAAGUUUUGUUGUUAACUUCAUCGGUAAGGAGGUCGCCGAGGUUUACGGGGUUUUCCAAUGGUGUUCAUUCUGGGAAAUGUAGUAGUAGGUCUACAUUGUUGAAUUCACCUGGUUGUGUUGUUAAUGGUAAGAGGAAGCUCGAUUCUGGUGAGAGUACGAAGAAGAGGAAAUUGAAUCCGGAGUCUGUAAGGCAGUCGCCUAGGUUUUCGGGUUUGAAAUCGGAGUCAGGCGUUGGAAUUAAAGUUAAAUUGGGAGAGAAUACGCCAUUGAAGCUGAUCAAAUCGGUGGAACGUGAUAGGAAAUUGGGGAUGAAAUCUCCCAGGUUAUUGUUAUUGACGGAUAAGGUGGCGAGGCGUUCGCCUAGGUUUUCCGCUUCGAAAUCGGAAUCAAUUGAAAAAUCUGAAGCUAAAUUGGGGAAAAGGGCGGCAUUGAAACUGAUUAAAUCGGUGGAAUGUGGGUUAAGUAGAAGAAAAUCGGGGAUGAAAUCUCCGAGCUUAUCAAUGGCGGAAAAUUUGGGGAAAAUUGAGGAAGAUAAGAUGUUCAGACGUUCGCCUAGGUUUUCUGCUCCAGAAUCAAAUACAGUGGUUGGCAUUGAAGUGAAAUUGGGGAAGAAGGUGUCACUGAAACUGACAAAAUCAGUGGAAUUUGAAGAAAUUGAAGAAGAGUUGUUUGGGAUGGAAUCUCCGAGCUCACCAUUGCCGGAAAAAAUGGGGGAAAUUGAGGAAGAUAAGGUGUUGAGACGUUCGCCGAGAGGGUUGCCGUCAUCUCUUGGGGUGGAUUAUGAUGAAAGUGAUGAUUUUGAAUUGGGAUUUUCAUUGAAGAAACCAAAGAAGAAGAAGAAGAAGAAAGCACCAAAAGAAGAACCAAAGGUGAGGGAAGAGAAAAUCAAUGUGUGUAGAAGAAGGGAGGAUUGCUUCUUUGUUGGGGAACCGGUUCUCGAGGAAGAGGCUCUUCAGAAAUGGGGAGGGAGAUAUCAAUCCAAGAAGAAUAGAAGAAUUAACGGGCGAAGUUUGACAGGAAAUGAUAAGGAAGAGGAUGAACCAAUGCUGGAAGUGAAAUGCCAUUAUACCCAAGCACAGAUAAAAGGGUGCAUUUUUAAUCUAGGAGAUUGUGCCCUAAUAAGGGGUGAAGGAUCACAAAAACAUAUUGGAAGGAUUGUGGAAUUUUUCCAAACAAUUGAAGGAGAAGAAUAUUUCAGGGCCCAGUGGUUCUACAAACCUGAGGAUACGGUGAUGAAAGAAGCAGCUGUUUUCCAUGACAAGAAGCGCAUAUUUUACUCAUGUAUCAUGAAUGACAAUUUGUUAGCUUGCAUAAUGUCUAAACAGAAUGUGAUACAAAUGUCACCCCAGCUAAACUUGAAUUCAAGCUCUAUUGAACCAUUUGACUUCUAUUAUGAUAUGGAGUACUGUUUGGACUACUCAACUUUCCGCAAUUUGCCAAGAGAUAAUUUUACCGCCGGCAGUAUAUUACCGUCACUUGGCUGCACUGAAUCUACCCUCUCCCUUCCCAGCUCUCCUGUAGCAGAUCAGAAUACAUCUAUUUGUGAAACGUACAAUGCAGAGUUAACAAUGUUAGAUCUUUAUUCUGGCUGUGGGGCAAUGUCAACUGGGUUAUGCCUCGGUGCUAGAUUUUCCGGUGCAAAUCUUGUAACGAGAUGGGCAAUUGAUGCUGACAGCUGGGCUUGCGAAAGCUUGAAAUUGAAUCAUUCUAAGAUACAAGUUAAGAAUGAAACAGCUGAUGACUUUCUGGAGCUGUUAAAGAACUGGGAGAUUCUGUGCAAAAAGUUUGUCAUAGAAGAGAAACAAAAACCAUUUCCUUCUCCACAAAAGGUGUCAGAUUUAGCUGAAGCCUGUUCAGAUGGUCAACCAGACAGUGAAAGUGGAGCUGAUGAAUUGGAGGUUUCAAGCUUGGUUGAUAUUUGUUAUGGCGAUAUUGAUGAAUCAGGAAAGCAAGGCCUGAAAUUUAAGGUGCGCUGGAAAGGAUUUGGUCCAAGUGAAGAUACAUGGGAACCGAUUGAUGGAUUGAGUAAUUGUGAAGACCUGAUACAAGAAUUUGUCAUAAACGGGUUCAAGAAUAAAAUAUUGCCUCUCCCUGGUGAUGUCGAUGUCAUAUGUGGAGGGCCUCCAUGUCAAGGGAUCAGUGGGUAUAACCGAUUCAGAACUGUCGAUGCCCCAUUAACUGAUGAGAGGAAUCGUCAACUAAUAGUCUUUAUGGACAUAGUGGAAUACCUAAAGCCUAAGUUUGUUCUAAUGGAAAAUGUGUUGGAUAUCUUAAAAUUUGAUAAAGGUUCACUUGGAAGAUACGCAUUAAGUCGUUUGGUGCAUAUGAAUUAUCAGGCUAGAGUUGGAAUAAUUGCUGCAGGUUGUUAUGGUCUUCCUCAAUUUCGCUUGCGUGUCUUCUUUUGGGGUGCUCUUCCUAGUGAGGAACUUCCCCCGUUUCCACUCCCAACACAUGAUGUUGUUGUCAGAUAUUGGCCUCCUUUAGAAUUUGAGAGGAAUGUUGUAGCUUAUGAUGAGGGCGCCCAACCUCCUGAAUUAGAAGAUGCUGUUUUAUUGGGUGAUGCCAUCUCUGAUCUUCCUGCAGUGACAAACUAUGAAUCCUUGGAGGAAAUGCCAUAUAGUUGCCUUCCAAAGACUGAAUUUCAGAAGUAUAUAAGGUCAACAAAAUAUGAUAUAAUUUGCUCUGCAUCAAAACCAGAGGAAACUCUACUUUAUGAUCAUCGACCCCAUCAGUUAUUUGAGGAUGACUAUAUACGAGUAUGUCGGAUUCCACGAAGAAAGGGAGCAAAUUUCAGGGAUCUCCCUGGCGUGAUCGUGGAAAACGACAAUGUGGUUCGGCGUGAUCCAAAUCUAGAACCUGUGCUUUUGCCUUCUGGAAGGCCAAUGGUUCCGGAGUAUGCGUUCACGUUUGAGCAAGGAAAAUCAAAAAGACCAUUUGCAAGACUCUGGUGGGAUGAGACGAUGCCAACUAUAGUCACCUACCCCAAUUGCCACAGUCAGGCAAUACUACAUCCCGAGCAAGAUAGAGUGCUUACAGUACGUGAGUGUGCAAGGCUGCAAGGAUUUCCUGAUGAUUAUCGCUUCUGUGGAACUGUAAAAAAAAGGUACCGGCAAGUGGGAAAUGCAGUAGCUAUUCCAGUUGCAAAGGCCUUAGGUUAUGCUUUGGGGAUGGCAUCCCAGAGGCUUACUGGAAAAGAACCUCUUUUAACUCUCCCACCCAAGUUCGCCUAUUCAAACCAUUGCUGAUUCUCAUGUUUGAUGAAAAAUCAGUGAAACAUUCACAAUUUGGCAAAAGAUUAGUUAUUCCAUGUAUGCAACUUUGUUCAAUCAGUGCUCCUUUGUAACAUAUUGCCUUUGCAGCUUUUCUGUAUCGGGUAAUAAUUAUGUAUCAUGUAUGUUGUAUCAUAGGCGUGGCAAAAGAUUAGGUGUAUCAUGUAGAUUGUAAACCUGAUCAAAUUGCGGGCCUGGUUCGGGCCGGGGCACGGCUUAGAAAAUCAUGUCUGCUGUCGGGACUGAAAUCAGGCCUACAAAUUCUAUCCAAAUCCUGCUGUGUUUCGGGUUGGGCCAGCGGGCCGGGCUCGUGAUGAUCAGGUCUAGUAUCAUGUAUGUUAAUCCUGUUAGCUCUGUUCAAACUGCAGUUGUUCCUUUGUAACUUAUUGCCUAGGCAGAUUUUUCUGUGACGGCUAGUAAUAAUGUAUUCAUGUAUGUAUGGACUGCCUUUGGCAAGCAUAAAGGCUUAGCAGUGAUGAACUCUUUGUAAUCCAAUUUUACUCAACAAGUGAUUCUCAAUGGCCAUGAAAAUAAUUUAAUGGCUCAAA